UAAUAAUAAAAACAUCAAAAUAAUAGAAGAAAAUAUUAUAACAUAACUUCAACUUAAAUAAACUAACAAAUUAGAACAUGUCUGAACAUGUGUGUAUAUAUAGGAAUACAAGGAAGUUCGGCUGAGGACAUGGAGUGGCAGCUUAUCCGGAGAAGAAGGGAUUGAUAGAAUGGAGUGGUGAAUAGGUAGAGGAAGAGAAUAAAAUCAGUGAAAAGCAGCUUUUGUCUUCCAUCUGUGCUUGUGAGCGUUCAUUCUGCCCCGUCACCAAAAGCCGUCUGAGGUGUUAUACAAUAGCGAGAAAUACACACAGACAUACAGAUAUAGUGAAGUUUUUUGUUUGUUUGUUUGUUUAGUAUGCACUCAUCUGCUUUCUUUUUCUCUAUUUGACAUUGUAGCUGUAGCUGUCCAUUAAAAUGAACUGAUGUCUGACUUUAAGAGAACAGCAGCGUUUAUCCCAUAACUGUACUGAGAAGGAUUAAACCCCCAUCCCUUCCACAUGCACACACGGAUCGCCACAAUAUUCCCGUUUCACCUCCGUGUGGACAUGAAGACCGGGCUUUGACCUCAUUUUCAGCAUGAAAACUGAGAUCAGGGCUGAUCACACAAGUGGUGUGAUAUCAUCAGUGCCGCCCAAUGAGCGGGCCUUCAGACUGAGACGCGCGUCUGCCGCUCAUCAGUCUCUAGCAGCGCUCAGUCGGAGUAGGAUGUUUGUUUUGUUGUGUUGUUGUGGGUCAGAGACAGGACAGAGGAUUAGAAAAAAGUGUGUCGCACCUGGACUGAUUCUUGAACUGUAUUCAGAAGAUCUGUGUGCACUGUAAGUGUGUGCGGGAAGAGCAUGUGGUGCGCUCCGUGCCCGGCCAGCUGGAGAGAAUGAUGAUGAAGCUGGUGUCAGACUUCCAAAGGCACUCCAUAUCCGACGACGACUCGGGCUGCGCCUCGGAAGAAUAUGCCUGGGUGCCGCCCGGAAUCAAGCCUGAACAGGUUUAUCAAUACUUCAGCUGUAUUCCAGAGGACAAGGUUCCCUACGUGAACAGUCCAGGAGAACGAUAUCGUAUUAAACAGCUCUUACACCAGCUGCCAGCUCAUGACAGUGAGCCUCAGUACUGCAACUCUCUGGAUGAAGAAGAGAAGAAAGAAUUGAGGUUAUUCAGCCAGCAGAGGAAGAGAGAGAAUCUGGGCCGCGGCAUUGUACGACUUUUUCCGGUCACCAUGACAGGAGCCAUCUGUCAACAGUGUGGAAGGCAGAUUUGUGGCGGUGACAUAGCGGUGUUUGCGUCACGGGCGGGUCACGGCUCCUGCUGGCAUCCUCAGUGCUUCCAGUGCGCUUCCUGUAACGAGCUACUAGUAGAUCUCAUUUACUUCUACCAGGACGGACACAUCUACUGCGGCCGGCACCACGCUGAACGCAUCAAACCCCGCUGCCAGGCCUGCGACGAGAUCAUCUUCGCGGACGAGUGUACGGAGGCUGAGGGGCGGCACUGGCACAUGAAGCAUUUCUGCUGUUUUGAGUGUGAGACGGCACUGGGAGGUCAGCGGUACAUCAUGAGAGAGAGUCGGCCUUACUGCUGCUGCUGCUAUGAGUCACUGUACGCCGAAUACUGCGACACCUGCGGAGAACAUAUUGGUAUAGACCAGGGCCAGAUGACAUAUGAGGGCCAGCACUGGCAUGCCUCUGAAGCAUGUUUCUGCUGUGCCUGCUGUCGGCUCCCCCUGCUGGGCAGACCCUUCCUGCCACGCGGGGGACUCAUCUUCUGCUCCCGCUCCUGCUCGCUGGGGGAAGACCCAGAGAACUCGGACUCCUGCGAUUCUGCCCUACAGAGCAAAUCAGUGUCACAUAAGCCUGUUCAUAAUCCGCAGCAUAGUUCCACACCACGGCCACAGGGGGGAACCAGUGUCACUGCCGCCACCUCUAAAGUUAGCACACAGACGAAUGCAGUUAUAUCAACUACUACAACAACAACAGAGAAUGGGGGUCAUUUUCCACUGGAGAGCAAAGGUGUUCACACAUCAUUUCCUCCUAUACCGAAUGGUGAACCUCCACCGUAUGGACAUACUUGCACACAACACUCACAUUUUUCCUCUCAGCUCUGUCCAGUAGCCAAUGACAGGGCAGCAUUACAUUGCAAGGACCAAUUGAGUAUCAGCACACACCAAGUGAAUCACCAGACAUCUUUGGAGUUUACAGUGGAGCUGAACGGAUAUGCAGAAUUUGGUCCUUUCCCACCAAACUGCACGUCUAGGGGGACUUCCACUGCAAAGGAUUGUGGGAACAUCAUCAAGAGCAGUUGUACAGGAAUUUCCUCUCAACUUGAGUCUUCAGAUGCAUUUGAUGAUCUGAAUGAGUCCGACUCCUUUCCACCCCCUCCGCCCCCUGUUUUCUUCGAGCCGUCUGAUUCGCCGACCCCUUCGGAUUCCCUGCCCGUUGUCACAGAUGCCGAAGAAGUCCCUACAACACCUGUCCGCAGCAGCACAGCCAGGGUCAGCUUCAGAGAGCCAAUCAGCUGUAGUUAUUCAGUGGAAGUGGAAGAAUGGGAGGAAGAGGAAGGGGCGGAGAUGGAGAGAAGAGAGUUAGAGGAUGAGGAGCAGGAGGAAGAUGGAGAAGAAGUGGAAGGAAGUUUGGGACACAGGUUGCGCUUUUGCACUGAAGUACCAUCUCAAAUGGACCUGCUGGAUGGGUCGUGUCACCGCAGUUUCCGUCGGGGAAGUGGUGGCCACCAUCCCAUGGAGAAGCACAUCAGACGUUCCAGAGGGUCGCGAAGCGACAGACCUCGUCUGGAAACUCUGGAAUGGCGGGAAGGGGACCGCAGGCGGUCCAACAGCGUCCUGGAUGGAAGUCGAAAUGGCAGCCUUACCCUGCACUCCACCCGCUCCAGACACGAAGACUCCUGCUCCACCUGCUCCUCUUCCUCAGACUCAGAGGAGGAAGGCUUCUUUCUGGGCCAGCGCAUUCCUCUGCCGCCACAGCUGACGGGUGGAGAGAGAGCAGGAGAAGGACAAAAAGAGGAGGAGGACAAGAGCCGAAGAGGAAGUUUCAGGAGGAGAAGGACACAGAGUCUCAGUAGAAAAGACAAGGACAAGAACUGCAUACUGUCCUGAGACAAAGUUCAAAACUGGAAAUUAUGGAGCGAUGAAAACUCGUAUCACAUUACAACUCUCUGAACCUCAGCUGCUCAGUCAAGAACAAAGUUUAUGAGUCACAUUUUGUAUGAUAAAAAUAGAAACUAUCUUACAGUCUGUGUACCAGUAUUUUUAUAGAGGUGAUGUAAUAUCUAAUAUAUCAGUAUCAAGAUGCCUAGUCAAAUUUACUGGCAUUAUUAUUUGGGCCGACAAACAUUUCUAAUCUAAAUUUUGUACACUAUAAGAAAAGUAGGACCAUGAUUUAUAAAUGUAUGUGAAAAAACUAGAUAAAUUAUAAUUUCAUUUUACAUUUCUUUACAGCUAAAUGUCUGUUCACACUAACACGAAUAUUCGGCAUGAAAAUUCAGUCAGAUUUAGGGGCUGUUUACACAACACCAUUUUCAAGUAAAAACAGAAAACUUU